AUUGUUUUUUUUUCUAGUUUGUCUUAAUUUUAUUUAUUCAUUAAGGUCAAAGAUUAUUAUUGUAAUCAAAAUCAGUGAUAACGCAAUAAUAACCAUAGCAUAAGUAAUAACUCGUCAAUUUUUUAAUAGUGGUGGAACCUCCAUUUGGUGACAAAAUGUUUUCCAAGCUAAAAUUUAUUUCUAACCGAAGCUUAAUAAAGUUGUUCCAUACAGCCACUAGCAAUGUUAUUAAAACAAAAAUUGAUUACAAUUCUCAGCAAUUUAUGAAUAAUGAGCUUCAAAUGAAACAGAUAGUGGCUACUUUACAAAAACGAACAGGAGAUAUAAUAAAAGGGGGUGGCGAAAAAGCCGUCAAGAAACAUACAUCAAAAGGAAAAUUGCUAGCAAGAGAUCGAAUUAACAAACUUUUGGACAAGAGUACAGCUUUUCUAGAGUUUUCAUCAUUAGCAGCGUAUGAUAUGUACGGGGGUAACAUCAACGCGGCUGGAAUCAUCACUGGAAUUGGAAAAAUUCACGGACGGGAAUGCGUGAUUGUGGCCAACGAUGCAACCAUCAAAGGCGGUACUUACUACCCAAUGACAGUCAAAAAACAUCUGAGAGCACAAGAAAUUGCUCAAGAAAAUAAGCUUCCAUGCAUUUAUCUUGUCGACAGCGGCGGUGCCAACUUGCCACAUCAAUCUGACGCAUUUCCUGAUAAAAACCACUUUGGACGAAUCUUUUUCAACCAAGCGAAUAUGUCAGCAGCAGGAAUUGCCCAAAUAGCUGUCGUGUUAGGGUCUUGCACCGCGGGAGGGGCUUACGUGCCUGCAAUGGCUGAUGAAUCUGUGAUAGUCAAACAGCAAGGAACUAUUUUCUUAGCUGGUCCUCCGCUUGUUAAAGCUGCCACAGGAGAAGAAGUCUCAGAUGAAGACUUGGGUGGGGCGGAAUUGCACUGUUCCACGUCAGGCGUGACAGACCAUUUCGCUUUAAAUGACGAACAUGCGCUGCAUCUAGCUAGGGAGAUUGUUAAAAAUUUGGAAAAACCAAAAGUAGAUACUUUUGAUGAAGAAUUUGAGCCUCCAUUGUAUAGUAGUGAAGAUUUAUACGGGAUUAUUGAUCAAGAUUUACAAAAAUCGUUCGAUGUUAGAGAAGUUAUAGCCCGGAUUUUUGACGGAUCUAGGUUUGACGAGUUUAAGAAAAAAUACGGGGAAACUCUAGUCUGUGGCUUUUCAAAACUGUAUGGAAAAACAGUUGGGAUCAUUGGGAAUAACGGAGUUCUGUUUUCUGAAAGUGCGAUGAAAGGGGCCCACUUUGUGCAACUUUGCACUCAAAGAAACAUCCCUAUCGUAUUCUUACAAAAUAUUACAGGUUUCAUGGUUGGAAGACAAGCAGAAAUGGGGGGAAUAGCUAAACACGGCGCCAAGUUGGUUACUGCUGUAGCUUGUUCAAAGGUUCCAAAAUUCACUCUGAUAAUUGGGGGUUCAUAUGGGGCUGGAAAUUAUGGCAUGUGUGGACGCUCCUAUUCGCCUCGAUUUUUAUACAUGUGGCCAAAUGCCCGCAUUUCGGUAAUGGGAGGGCGCCAAGCAGCUGGAGUUCUUUCCCAAGUCCAGAGUAGAGGCAAAAACUGGUCCCAAAAAGAAAAGGACGAUUUUGAGGCCCCAAUUAUCGAACAGUUUGAAAGAGAAGGAUCACCAUAUUUCAGCAGUGCAAGAUUAUGGGAUGACGGGGUAAUUGAUCCUAAAGACACAAGAAAAGUGCUAGGUUUAAGCCUGGCAGCGGCAUUAAAUGCCCAACCAGAAAAAACCAAAUUCGGAGUUUUCCGCAUGUAAAUAUUUAAUUAAAUCACAUUUAAACAGUG